AUGGAGCCGGAUUGGGAAACAGCACUAGGUGCAGGGUGCGCGGUCUUAAAGACAACAGCUGGGGCCAGGAGAACAUCUGUCGAAGCACUGUGGACAAUCCUAUGGUCAGAAUCAGUUCAUCCCAUAUGGAAACUACGAUGCGAAAGAGUGAUGAGGAGAAGCGGAGAGGAGUUCACACAUCAAGAGGUGAAGAACGCAUGGUUUGCGACGAUCGAACGGCGACUGAACCUUGAUCAGAGGCUAUCCGUUCUUACGAAGAGCAAGAAAGACCUGAAACAAAGUGAAGUAGAGGGGAUAUGGGCCCCAAUCGUUGACGGACACAGAAACUUACCCGAGGGAUGGGUCGGCAAUAGCGGGGUUUUAGUGGGUAUUAAAAGGGGUCAGGGAUAA